AAAAACGACCGAGAUACAACAGACGUCAGAUGCCACUGCCAACAGUCGUAUUGAUGAUGAAUUAGAUAACGAAAAACUUGAACGUAUGGAUAUAUUACUUCUGGUUAUUCCAUCCGAUGGCAUGAAAUAUCCUUCUAAACGUCUUACCCUAAGCACAAUGGAAUUUGAAAAAUUCCGCCUCCAACUCGUGCAUGAAGCCAGAAGAAUAGAUCGUAUCCGAUCUGAAGACCUCCUUUUUGCGUAUAGGUCUACCAAAAUCAGAUAG